AAGUACGUACUAUACGUAAAACCCAUCAAACCAAGCUUUCUUCCCAUCUCCCCUGCCCUAUAAAACCCUGCCAUCGUCCACCAUCAACUCCAUCCUAGCUACCCAAAUUAAGUACAUACUCAAAACAAACCCUUCUUCAUAUUCAGCUUAACUCAGCUCUAGUAUUACAACAAUGGCGACGGCAAGGUCUGAGAUGGUCAAGUAUUUCUGCGUCGCCGUUCUGUGCAUGGUGGUGCUGGGUGCUCCCCAUGCUGUGACCGCCAUCACUUGCGGUCAGGUAUCGACCAACAUGGCCCCUUGCCUCAACUACUUGAAGGGAACCGGGCUAAUCGGUACAUGCUGCGGAGGCGUUAAAAAUCUGGUUUCUCUCGCUACAACCCCCGCUGACCGGCAGCAGGCUUGCACUUGCCUGAAAACUCUCGCCGGUAGCGUCAAGGGUCUGAAUCUAGACACUGCCGCUGGUCUUCCCGGUAAAUGCGGAGUCAGCAUUCCUUACAAAAUCAGCACCAGCACCGAUUGUACCAAGGUUGCAUAAAUGCGAUAUAGUGGAAGCGUGAGAGGUGGAUGAUAAAGCAUGCAUGCAUACCAUUGUCCAUUCUGGAGUAGUUUCUUCGUAUAGAAAAAUAAAACGUCAGUGACGGAGGAAUAAGAUCUGAGGGCUCUUCUGUGAUUCCUAUUAGUUUAGGGGUCCGAUUUGAAGGAGACUUUCUAGACCAGUUUUAUGUUUGUGUUUUGUCUUUGUUAUUAUUUUGACUUUCUUGUUUAAUUUUGGGUAUGCAUAGCAUGGGCUUGCCCAGGUAGUACUGUUUUUGCAUGUGUCACCAAUGAAUGUACUGCACUCCAUUGGUAAUUGAUAUAAAAUGUCUACCCCACGCCUUUCAAUUCCAAUUACGAGUGUUUUUUCUUGUGUUUAUUUUUUGCCUUCUUUCUUCAAUGAAUUUUAAAACACAUUGUCUCAUUUAAAUGUUGUUGUUUAUGUAUUUGAAUAUAAUUAACACUCUUUAAUUACAAUUUAAUCAUCACAUAUUAAUAUCAAAACACUUGUA